GUAGAGAAUUCGAGAAAAAAGUGAUAUCGAUAAAAUCAAAAUUAAAAAAACCUCACAAUGUUGAUCAAUAUUUGUGGAUAAUCAUAAUUGUUCAAAUAUAUUAUAUAAUAACAAUAACAUAAUAUCAUGUGCUUUGUCGUAAAUAGCGAAGAAAAAGAAUCUUUAUUGAUGGUGCCGUCAUAAAUUAACCUAAAAUUCUGAUAAGAAUCGAAAUGUUACCGGUAAAUCUGUAAAAUAAUAUACAUGAAAUAAAAAUUUUGAUCCAUCUAACACAACGAUUGAAUUGAUUGGAAAAUAGAAGAUAGUUGAAAAUUAUGUUUAUUUUCGAAAAAAUUGACACAGUUCCAUUCUGGAAGAAGAUCUACCAAACAGCUAGUGGUUAUAGUCCAUCUGUUACCAACGAUAUAGUAGAAGAAAUCCUUAAAGUUUCUAAUGACGAACUAAAAGGAGCCUACUCCAUCUACAAAAAUUACACAGAAGAAGAUUUUCAAAAAUGGGAGAAAAAUAUAACAGAAAAAGACGCAGAUCUUUUAGUUUUCAUCAAACGUUUGUGCAAAAGCCUAAAUCUGCUUCCCAUGGUAGCACUACCUAUUUUUUUCAAUUAUUUAAUGUUCGAGUAUUAUGGAAAAAUUGAAGAUAUUAAGAACCUUAUUCUAUAUGAACACAGUGUUCUCAGUUUACUUGAAAAUAUUUGGCACUUCUACACUUCUGAAAGAAUGUACUAUGUUAAAACCCUGAAGCACAUAUUUGAGAGUGCUUUAAAUCAAAGAAGUCCUUUCAAGAAAGAGUAUGUUAAUUUUAUAAGUACAUUGAACAUAGUGGAAUUUAGAAAAACACUCAUUACCCAACUAAAGUCACUUAUAAACGAAAUUACUGAAGAAAGUCUAGAUAACAGUUUUGACAAGAGAAUUUACGUUAAUAGGAACAAUCGAGAACAACUUGAAUUCAUACUUUUGAUCAUCAUGACCAUGGAAUAUAAAGAAAUUUCAGCAGAUGAAUUUUCGGAUUUAUGCAACUGUUUUUUUCUGCAUAAUUUCACUAGACAGCCUGUUUAUUUCGACUCAACAUUAUAUGGUGACCCCUCAGAUUUCAACGAUGUGAAAACUGCAGAAAUAGGUAGUUUCAUUAUCGGCGUUCACCAAUUGUCUGAAAAGAUCAAUGGAUUGUCUAAGGACAUAGAAGUUUCCCUGAAGAAUAUACAGAACCAAGGAAACCACAAGAUUGUGCUAUUGUCUUGGGUUUUUGGCAAGUUGAAAGUAUUAACAGAUGAUGACAUAGAGGGAGCAGGCGUGUAUGAAAAUCUGUUGAGGAUACUGAUUGAAGGCCAGACUUUCAGGUCAAUAUAUGAUUUUCUACAGACAAAGCUCAUGAAAUCGGAGGUGAGAUCAGCUAAACUGAUCCAAGCUGGAGUGUUUAAGCUUCUGGAUGAACUGUUAGUUGCCAUGGAAAAUAAGGAAACUUUGGUGAGAAAUGAAGAUCUUGUUUUAUCCCUUUGCUGUCUUAUGGAGGACCCUGAUAUAGCUUCCGAAUGUACUAUUGUGAAAGGAGGUUUAGACACUGUGCUAAUGACACAAUUUAUGGAAUUUCCCAUGAGCUAUUCAAACUUAACUAGAGUGUGUAAAGUGAUGGUGAAACAUAAGAAUUUAUCAGAUGUUGUGUUAGCCAAACUGAAAGUUUUACACUUGGACCAAAAUGGACAGUUUAAUGAUGAAAAACCUCAGAAUUAUUUCAGUUAUCUAUGCAUGAUGGUUAAGGAGACAGGAAUAAAAGGUGCAGAGUUAAACAAAGAGUUAUUUGAAGAUAUUCUUAUGGGCUAUGAGCUCAUCCAUGAGAUUAUCAAGCAUUACAAGGGUAACAUAGACCAAUGCGGAUUUAUGGAAUGUCUUUCUCUUCUAGACAAACUGGUAGACAUUUAUGGAUCACAGCCAACUCAUACCCAAUUCUUAAAGAUUUACUUUAAGAUACAGACCGCUAUGGUGCUGUAUCAAGGUUGUAAGGUACAAUCCCGUUUCCAAGGUUUACGAACAAAUAAACAGUUUCUACCUAGAUUAUUGACGCAAGAACGUAUACCAGAGGCUCUGAUGCAGCGUCAUAUCUUAGACUCAAUGCUCCUACUCGUUUUACGCAAGGAAGAGUAUGAAGAGGACCACUCCACCACAAAGACUUAUCUCCAAUUAAUACUGCACUGUGUUAGGGAAAAUUUGGACUUCGAUUCAGUUCAGACCCCUGGUAUAGUAUACAUGACCACUUUCGUUUUCCCGUUUCACAAGAACUGGCAGUAUAAGGAUCCCGAUGAACAGAUGGAGAUCUCUAUUUUGUGUCUAAGGAUUAUCUUAGAGGUUUUGAACCGAAAGAACCUGCAAGAAGAGGAUGUCAUGAAAAAGUUUGUAUUUUAUUCUUUACUCAAAUGCCCUCCUAUGAUGACUGUAUUUUUACAAUAUCUAGUACAGGAAAAAUUCCAUUUGCAAAGGGUUAUGAUGAAUGAGAUCGAUUGGAUGAACGGCAAAACUCUUGAUAAUAUUACUCUUUCCAAACUCCACUUGAGUAUUUUUUUAAGGUUGUUGAGCGAAUGUAAUUUGAAGCCUAGUGACCCUGUUUUGAGACCUAAUAUUCAAACAGUCACCAAAUGUGCUGCCUCUUUCAUUACUAAUGCAUUUAGUUCAUCGUUAGCAAAUUUGGCAUGUCGUUUGCUAGAAAAAUUGAGUAGAGACCCAGACAUUCCAAUUUUGGCUGUGCUUGAGAUGGACUACACCCAAAUUCAAUGUUUGUUUCUUGAGAAACUCAGAGAUCCUCUAGAAGAUGAUAUAUUCAAGAUAACAGCCUUGGAUUUCAUUAACACUUCUUUAUUAACACAGAAUGGUUUAACAGCUGCCUUUUUUAACGCUACUGAUAACUUAGACAAGGAUAAAUCUAAAAGUGUAACAAGUGAUUCUGUUUGUGAUUUUAUGAUAGACUACUUGCAGAACAUCCAGAAAAGUCCAGAUUAUCUGACAAAUCCUGUGCAGAAGAACAUUUUGAGGGUGUUUUCCACAUUGUGGUCUACCGGAAGAGAAAACUUGGUUAAAGAUAUUUAUGGAUUGAAGUCUUUCUGGCCAUUGCUAACAGACCCCCUCUUUCAUCCAAGAAUUAAAGACCCAGAAGUUUACACCCAUAUAAUGACCAUAGCUACCAUACACAUUAUGGAAUUUCAAAAAAAUGUUGAUAAAAACCUGAAACAGGUGUUUACUGACUUUUUCAAGAAUGAAAAAUUGAUAAAAGAAUGGAUAAAUUACAUCAAAUCUGUUAUGAACUCGUUCAUUGAUGAGGAUCAAUAUGAAGAAGCAACCAAGUUCAUUCUUGCAUGGAAGAAACUGGUUAUUUCGAUUAAAACUUACAUACCUGAAGUUAUUACUUUAGACUCUGUUAAAUGCAGCCUCAUUCAAUCCUGUUUGAAAGGGAUUAUUUGGAAUUUUUCUGUUAUCUUCAACAACGACAUACUCACAGAUUUCUCAGAUCUAUUCCUCAUACUAAUCUUCACAUGGCCUGAUAGUUACAAUUCAGAAAUUGAGACUGUGGAUCUGCUAACUACAGUGUUGCACACUUAUGUAUCAAACUGCAAGUUUCCCUCUUGUCAUAAUCGGGAAGUUUUUCUCACAAUUGCCCAUAAAGCCAUCAGGGAUUGCCGUGAACUGUUGCAGAGCAAUCCCAACUUACUAAAUAAUCUUUUAAAAUCAAUUGGACUUAUGCUCGACUCUGAAUACAAUCACUUAUGUUCAAAUCAUGAAGAUUUAACUUCCAAAAUUAGAUCCAUCAUGUGCUGGGUCCUUGUUGCCCGGGUGGGUGAUUCAGUUUUGUCUCUAAAGAGUGUUAAACCAUUUUCCGCUUUCUUCAAAUAUCAUCAGUAUCUUACCAAAAUGUUGGAUUCCAUAAGGUUACUGCUGAACGAUAUACACACCUUGCCAAUGGUUAAAAUGUUAUUGAAAACACUUAUACAUUAUGCAGAAUCUGAUAUAGCUAUGGAUUUUCUUACAGAAAACUAUGCAGUAAUUUACGAUAUUAUAGAAAAUGGAAAAUCCAUAUUUCCCAACUCUAGCAAAGAGGAGUUGCCAGUUAAUUUAAAAGAACUCUGGAUACUUUACACAAUGGUCAUAAAAUUGAACCACAUCUUGUUAAAUAAAUUUGGAGAAAAGAUGACCGAGUCCAAUUUCACAUUUUUAAGUGUUUAUGACAAAGUAAUAGCCCAAAUGAUUUGUUUGCCAGAAUAUACGGUGGAUAACAGAGCUCUGGACCUUUCUUGUGAGACCCUGCUUUUUGUCGAUAAAAUGUUAGAUUGGGCAGAAGUUUGGUCUAUAAAAUGUAUCGGCUCAUUCACCUUGACAGUUAUGGCGAUCAAAAGGGUCCUAAACACAUGUAUCUCAUCGGUUCUCCGCCCAGAAAAUAUACAUUUUUACAAGAUUAACAAGCUUGGGAAAUUGAACUUUAUGUAUGAAUCAGCAAAUAGUUUAAUUGCUAGGGUAGUGAACAGGUUUCUGGAACUAUCUUGCCUUGCCUUACGCUGUCUGAUCAAAUGUAAUCCAUCAAUGGAUCAGCUCUUCUCAGUAGAGAAGCCCAAGUGUGCUUCCUACUUAUUGGUCGAAUAUGACUUUACAAUACCAAAAUUCGAUAUUCCAAUAACAGAGGACUUAACAUAUGGUAGAUUGCUUUGCAUGAUAUAUUUCUUGUGCAAAACAUUAAAUCAAGAAUUUUCAAAAACAUCUACAGUGGAUUCACCAAGUAUACGGUCUAAAGAGAUUUUUAACACUGAAAUUACAAAAGAGAAAAGCUUGGGUGAAAUUUUUGGAAAAUUCACAUUGUUUGAGGAAGAUUACAUUGGUUUUAUAGAAUAUCCUCGUAGUUCCAAUCAUAUCCUCCAACCAAUCAAACUGAGUGCUUUUUUGCACUAUGGAGAGCAAGUAAAUUCUGAACCAUGGAGUAAGGAAGUUUCCAAAGAGAAGGUACAAAUAACACUGGAGUAUUUGAUGUCCUUUCUUGCUGUUCAAGUAUUCUACCACAUUUAUACCUUGCAAAAACCUCAACUUCAUUAUUUUAAACGUGAAUUAUAUUCUGAACUACAAUUUUUCAAUGAGUACGCUAAGAAGUUAGCAACAGAAGAAUACAAUAAAUUAUUGCCUAAAAGAAAAUCAGAACCACAAAAUAUAGAUAUUAUAAAUAGGUUACUUAUAGAUUUAAUGAAGCAUAAUAAUAAAGAUAUAGGAAUAAUUAGCGAUAAAUUCUUCUUGUUAGGUAUAUCUAAAUGGUUUAUGAAUAUUUGUCAGUUAUCUUAAAGAUAUUUUUAUUUUUUAUCAUUAAAAUAGGUUUGUACACUUGUUAUAAUUUGAAUAUUUUUUUUUUAACAAAGCUGAAUAUUGAAAUCAACAAGGUUAAGUUGAAUCUUUUUAAUAAAAAAUCAAUUAAUUUUA